CAGAUUUUCAAACUCCAUCCUAAAAGUCAAAUGGGGUUACAAGCUCCAUUUAUAUCUCACCAUUUCAUCAUCAAUCUUCUCUCCUCCCUCUCGCUGGCCUCUGCUUUGUAAUAUUCUAGAAAAUAGAGAUGGCUUCUGUUAAUGUCAUCGCCCUUCUUUCAGUCCUUCUUGUUGCUCUGCAACCUAUGGCUACUACAAGCGGCUUCUUGCCUCCAAUUCUCGCGCCUGCCUUCAAUAGUGUGUGCCAAGAAGUGGAAUGUGGACGGGGAGAGUGCCAACCUUCUAUGAAUAGCACUUUCUUUUAUGAAUGUGUUUGUGAUCCUGGGUGGAUGCAGACCACUUCGGAUGACAAUAAUCAGUAUAAGUUUCUUCCUUGCGUAAUUCCUAACUGUACAAUGAAUUACAGUUGCAUGGCGGCACCUGCUCCUGUUCAACAGAAAUCAACCACUAACCUGUCAAUUUUUGACAUCUGCAAGUGGACUAAUUGUGGAGGUGGCUUGUGCAAUACUACAUCAAUGUUCGCAUACACUUGUGAAUGUGAAGCGGGUUAUUAUAAUCUUCUUAAUGUGUCAGCUUUUCCCUGCUACAAAGAAUGUGCUAUUGGAAUGGAUUGUGCGGGCCUUGGGAUUUCAAUGCCAAAUCAAUCUCCACCACCAUCUACUGUAUUGGCUGAUGACAGUCAGAAUCAAGCUGGCUCAAAUUUCCUCUCUACUUAUUAUUUGUUGGUACUUCUGAUGUUGUCGCUGGUUAUGGUUUUGCGAAACUAGUAUAAAUAAGUGGAUUCUCGAGGUCUCUGGUACCACGUUCACUUGAUUAUAUGAUACAUAAUCAUUAUGUGGUUGUACUGUAUACAUAUUUUUUUCUCAUGCCUGGUUCAGUUUGCUGCUUCCUAUACAUAAAUUCAGGUUGUAUACAAAUAAGCUCUACACGUGCACAUUAAAGGAAUUAUUUUUGUAGCUAGUACUUGUGUUUGUAUAAAUAAAGACUUUGUUUUAUACAUAUAUUUGUUAUGUCAAUCAUUCUACAUGAGUGUAUUAUGGAA